AUGCUGUUGCUCCCGGUGAUGCUGUUUUUGGUAAAAGCAGCCAGUGGUCAGCAACAGUUCACAAUUAAUUCAUCAUGUGGCGAAUACACAAUUCCGUUCUCAUUUCAAAAUGAUAAAACUGGAAAUCCAACCCUAUUAUGUACUUCGCCGGUUUGUUUUGGCGAGAAGAGAUUAUAUGAAUUGAAACGUGAUGAUGUGAUUCAAGAAAUGGAAACUGAAACAAAAAGCUCGCUCGGAUCGGAGAAUCACGUUCAUAAAGCGCAAUGUCAUAAAUAUUAUCAGAAUAUCAGUUGUACUGGAGAAACGCAAUGGACGGUUGGAUUACUUCUUGAAGAUGACGGAAACAAUGUUAAGGCGAAAUGGAAAUGCUGCAAUUACGAGGGUUUACGACAUGCCAGAGCAAUAAAAACAGUGAUUGUUAACAACGAUGAGAGUUAUACGGGUGGAGAGGUAUAUCAAAAUAGCCGCAGAGUGGCAUUUGACCUGAUUAAGGAAGUAUAUCUUUUAUUCGAUGAGCAACAUAGGCCUCGCUAUGAGUUGAAAAUAAUGCGCCUAGCAUGUAUUCCGAAACCGAUAGAUAUCAAAAAUAAAUUAUUAACUGAUAAGAAUAAUGGGUUAAACUUACCAACAUUUGACGUUUCAUCAGAAUACGACACCGAAGAAUAUGUUUUUACAAAUCAGCAUCACGCAAAAUAUUCAAAACCAAGAAGACGAUCAACAAUUCUGGAAGAUGAAAAUUUCGAUGAUUUAUUCUUACCCAGACAUCGAAUGACGCAUCGGAGAAUGUUUUCACUUCGUAAAAGACCUUUCUACAGACCUAUUGCUGAAGAUUAUGACUAUUACGAUUACGAUCCUGUGAUUUUCAGGCGUCCAUCUAUGCAUCGCAGGAUAAUUGCGGAUGGAUUAUGGCCGAUAAAUUUAGGCAUAGUAGGACGUAAUCGCCCUGUUGUAGCUGCUGCGGCUGUGUCUCCAACUAUUUAUGAAUUCACAUCUCCGAAUGCAGUUGAAAGUGAUUAUCACCAAUUAGUCGACAGUGACAGCGUAGUAACUCCAAUCAAUUCUGCCCAAGCAGAAGUCUAUAGUCAACUAUCACCUAUUGUAGAAAUUGAGAUACUUGCAAGACUUUUUUUACAGCCAACACAAUAUCUACCUCAAAGAGGUGUAAUACCAUCUCAGCCAAAAACUUUGACCGCUGUACAACACACUGCGCCCACAUACGGUGGCAGUAGUGUACCGUACUAUAAUGGUUACUUUGAAACGCUGCAGUGCUUUAGCGGAGAUACGACUGUACAGACGCCUGAUCAGAUAAAACGGAUUGACGAAUUGCAAGUUGGAGACCAAGUCUUAUCGAUAGAAGAAUCAUUGAUUUCUUAUUCACCAGUGGUGAUGUUUUUGCAUCGAUCUGAUAAUGAAUCAGCAAUUUUCAAUAAGAUUAUUCUGGAAAACGGUGAAAUAAUAAAAUUAACUGACUAUCAUUUAUUAUAUGUUACCGAUUGUACGAUAGGAGAAAACCUACGUUUGACAUUUGCGAAAGAUGUUAGAUUAGGACAUUGUCUUCAUGUUGUCAGAAAACAAUCCAAUAAUUUAGUGCCGGUUCAAGUAUCAAACAUCCAACGGUUUACUGGUAAAGGAUUUUAUGCGCCUCUUACGGCAAACGGAGAUAUUAUCGUAAAUUCAAUACUAUCAUCCUGUCAUAGCAAUGUAGCGGUGCAAACUUUGCAGCAGUCAAUAUUCAACCUUCUACGAAAAUUUCGGUCUCUAAUAUCUACUGAUCAAACCACGGAUGGCCUACUGCCGGGCAUUCAAUUUCUUACGCAAAUUUCAGAACUUUUUUUGCCACAUAGCAUUAUUUAG